AUGGCUUCAUCGCUAGAUUCACUUGAAGGAGAAAUAGAAACUCAAAACGCGUUAUUCAACGAACUAAGACUUUCCGGCUCUGAUCCUGCUGGACUGGAGGAAGUAAAGAAGAAGUUGGGAGAAUUGAAGAAAUCCCUUGGGCAGGCCAAGGCGAAGGCUGCCGCAGAUGGCUCAACUGCAUCUAGUAGCAAAGAGGUCGCCGGUAAAAAGAAAGAGAGGAUCUUAUUGAAAACCGCCAAGGGAACACGGGAUUAUGGCCCUGCUGAAAUGUUUUGUCGUGAAUACGUAGAGCGGAUUGUCAAGGACUGCUUUUCGACUUAUGGUGGUUCCUGUCUGGAUACACCUGUAUUUGAGCGCAAGGAAAUUCUAGCAGGAAAGUACGGCGAAGACGCAAAAUUGAUAUUUGAUCUUAUGGACCAGGGAGGAGAGCAGCUUUCUUUGCGGUACGAUCAUACCGUUCCACUUGCCCGGUAUCUUGCAAUGAUGGGAGGGACGAAUACACAGUCGAAACUUUGGCAGGUUGGAAAAGUUUACCGCAGAGAUAACCCAGUUAUGUCUAAGGGAAGAAUGAGAGAGUUCUCGCAGGCGGACUUUGAUAUUUCGGGUACUUGGGACCCUAUGAUUCCUGAUGCAGAAAUCAUCAGUCUGAUCUGUACAAUUCUCUCGAAGAUUGAUGUUGGGGAGUUUACUAUCAAAAUCAAUCACCGGAAAAUCCUAGAUGGUAUUUUCGAGGUAUGCGGUGUACCCGCAGACAAGAUUAGGACUAUUUCUUCUGCUGUUGACAAACUCGACAAACUUCCGUGGGCCGACGUGAAAACUGAAAUGACGGAAGAAAAAGGCCUUGACCCUUCUGUCGCCGACAAGAUUGGAGAGUAUGUCAAGCACAAAGGUGGACCAGAACUUCUUGCGAAACUUCUGGCCGAUUCGGCUCUUAGCGCAAACCCAAGCGCAAAACAAGGUCUAGAUGACAUGGGAUUACUGUUCACCUACCUCUCAGCAUACAAUGUCAUCGACAAAAUCUCCUUCGACAUGUCCCUUGCUCGCGGACUAGAUUACUACACAGGCAUAAUCUACGAAGCUAUCGUAGACGCCUCCGCCCCUCCUGGCUUCAAAGCUAAUCCCUCAGUUGGUUCUUCGACAACUCCCUCUCCAGCAUUGCCGAAAAAGAAAGUCACAAAAAAAGUCAAGAACGAAGACGGCGAAGAAGAAGAAGAAGUUGAUGAAUCUCAAGUUGGCGUCGGAUCUAUUGCUGCGGGUGGUCGUUACGACGGGCUCGUAGGCAUGUUCAGCGCGGCUGCCGCCGGGGAUUCUAAAAAGUCCGCAACUUCCAAAGGUUCUAUACCCUGUAUCGGCAUAUCUAUUGGACUCGAUCGCAUUUUCGCUCUCGUCUGGCCCAAAUGGGUUGAAAAGGGAAAACGCAGCAAAGAGACGAUGGUGUAUGUGAUGGCGGCUGGCGACGGACUCCUUGUCGAGCGUAUGAAACUGGUCAAAGAACUUCGAGAUGCGAAUAUCAAGGUUGACUUUCUGGCAAAGAAGAAACCCAAAUUGCCAGUGCAAUUCGCGGCAGGUGAAAGAGAUGAGGUACCGUUCGCGAUCAUUCUUGGGGAGAAUGAGAUCAAAGAGGGGUACGUGAUGGUGAAACAACAGAAAUGGGAGGUGGUAGAUGGGAAGAAAGUAAAGGUCCUAGCGGAGGGCGACGAGAAAGGGGAGAAGGUUGACCGGGAACAUCUUGUAGAGUGGUUGAGGGCUACGCAGACUUGGAAGGACUGGGAGGACGGCAAAUUGUAA